GAUUUGAAUUCGGGGUGAACAGAAAUGGCGAAGUCAAAGAACUACACUGCCCACAACCAAUCUUACAAGGCUCACAAGAAUGGCAUCAAGAAACCCAAGAGGCACCGCCACACUUCCACCAAAGGGAUGGAUCCCAAGUUCUUGAGGAACCAGAGGUAUGCAAGGAAGCACAACAAGAAGAGCGGUGAGUCUGCCACUAAAGAAGAGUAAAUUUUUAAUGGCAAAAGAUCUAGCUUUGAUUAGUGUUUUCUAAUUGUUGUUUUUCCCCCCGGUGGAAUUGAGUGUUCGUUUACUAUAAUCACCUUAGUUGAAAUGUUAUUUUGGGAUUGUUGAAUCUCAUUUUCAAAAGAGAUUUGAAGCUGUGAGCUUAUUAAUAUUAAGAACAUGUUUUGAGCUUAA